CCCGCGUUUUAUAAAAAGGAAUUGUCACCCUCUGCCAUCACCACGCUGUCACCCCCCUCCCGCCUUGAAAUACCUACGAAUCCUAUCCGAUUUCCAUUCUAUACACUUCAAUCCGAUUAUAUAUAUAUACACAUAAAAACAUCGACAUCAUGGCUCCUAACAAGACUCUCGUCUUCAGCAAGAUCCCCGUCGGCCAGCCCAAGGUUGGCGAGGACUUGACCUACGAAACCCGCGAGAUUAACCUGGACGAGGUCCCAGCUGGCGGCUUGAUAAUCAAAAUUGAGUCUGUUUCUCUGGACCCGUACAUGCGCGGCCGCAUGCGUGACGCGUCCAUCAAGUCAUACUCUCCUGCUUACACCCUCGGCGACCCAGUGGAAGCUUUGGGCCUCGGCAAGGUCGUCAAGAGCGCCAGCCCCGAUUACGCCGAAGGCGACCUUGUUCGCGGACGAUUCGAUAUUGCGGAAUACAUUGCAUUCCCUGGUGAACACUUUGAGCGACGCAACCUCGAGAAGAUCUCCAACCCCCACAACCUCGACCUCGAGCUGUUCCUCGGCCCUCUGGGCAUGCCCGGUCUGACUGCUUGGUCCAGUCUGUUUGAGAUUGGUAAGCCCAAGAAGGGUGAUACCAUUUUCAUCAGCUCUGCUGCUGGUGCCGUUGGUCAGACUGUCGCACAGAUCGCUAAGCAUGAAGGCCUGCGCGUGCUUGGCUCCGUUGGCUCCAAGGAUAAGCUUGAUUACAUCAUCAACGAGCUUGGCUUUGACGACGGCUUUGACUACAAGGUUGAGAAGCCAGUCGAGGCUCUGGCUCGCAUUGCCCCGGAAGGCAUCGAUAUCUACUUUGACAAUGUCGGUGGUGAGCAGCUCUCUGCCGCCAUCACCCACAUGAAGGACUGGGGUCGCAUUAUUGCUUGCGGUGCUAUCAGCUCAUUCAGCCCCGAGGGCCCUUACGCCAUCAAGAACAUGGGCCAGGUUGUGCCCAAGCGCAUUCAAAUGGAGGGCUUCAUUGUUGGCGACCCCCGAUUCGGCCCCAAGUACUUUGCUGAGCACCAGGAGACUAUGCAGAAGUGGAUCAAGGAAGGAAACUUCAAGGCCAAGCUGUGGGUUACCGAGGGCAUCGACAAGGCUGGUGAUGCCUUUGUAGGCAUGCUCCGCGGCGAGAACCAGGGCAAGGCCGUUGUCAGAUUUUAGAGAGGGUGCAGCAGUAUAUAUUUUGAGAGAACAAAAAACGCAUGAAUGUGUAAAUAAAUAGAAUAUUUUAUCAGAUAUAUUUUUGAGCAGCUGCUAUGGAGUAUUUUGUAGAAUGCGAAUAGGUAACAAUGCCAAUAACUAUACAGUGCAGCUGGCUCUCGUGUGUCUAGCGACGAAGAGCCAGUAUAAGCUCGAGUAAAGCAGCGCCCAUCCUGUAAGAGCCGUCUCGGGUGGCUUAUUGGUCAUUACGACGCCAUUGGCC